CGUUGGAUGGGAUCGCAUCGGACAUCAGCUUAUUCGUCGUAUCUGCUUUCCGAUUUGGUCGCAUGCGUGGUGUAGUGUGCUGCUGCAGUCGGCAGUCUCGAUCCAAUUACUAUGCAAUAUAUAAUUGAAGCUAAUCCAGACAUGAUGAUAAGGAUAUCGUGUUGAUUCUUGAUAUCCAAUUAGAUAUUUACUUAUUAGUUAAUUCAAUCUUCGAAGUCACCACGGAAAAGUAAACCUAAUCACACCGAUUUAGUGCUUUAUAUGCGUAUGGUGGGUUUGUUUGUUGCUUAUUCAGUCUUUUCAGUGCCAUUUGCCCUACUUCUGCGAGCAGUGUGUGCUUUCCCAUUUAUGUCCACAAUUUUCAUUUGAUUGAGAUACUAAUCGAAUUGGGAGACGAGUCUCAAUUUCAGUUUCCGGUUUCCAGUGGUAAUGGCGAGUCGCAGAAUCUCAUCGCUUGUUUCUCGUUCUCUUCCGUUGCUUUCUCGUGGAGGGCAAAAAACUUAUUUGGGUAGAGGAAUUCACCGAUUCAGCACUGCUGCUGCUCUUGAGGAUCCAAUCAAGCCGCCUGUUAGUGUAGAAUAUGACAAGCUUCUCAUUAAUGGACGAUUUGUUGAUGCAGCAUCGGGUAAAACUUUCCCUACAUUGGAUCCCAGGACCGGUGAGGUGAUCACUCAUGUAGCUGAGGGUGAUGCAGAAGAUAUCAAUCGAGCAGUAGCUGCUGCGCGUAAAGCCUUUGACGAAGGGCCGUGGCCUAGAAUGACUGCUUAUGAAAGGCAGAGGAUACUGCUGCGAUUCGCUGAUCUGAUUGAAAAGCACAAUGAUGAAAUUGCUGCACUCGAGACUUGGGACAAUGGGAAGCUGUAUGAACAGUCUGCUAGCAUUGAAGUGCCAAUGCUUGUUAGGCUAUUUCGAUACUAUGCCGGAUGGGCGGACAAAAUUCAUGGCCUUACCGUUCAAGCUGAUGGGCCUCACCAUGUUCAAACAUUGCAUGAGCCAAUCGGUGUGGCGGGGCAGAUCAUCCCAUGGAACUUUCCUCUUCUGAUGUUUGCGUGGAAAGUUGGUCCGGCGCUGGCAACUGGCAACACUAUUGUUCUCAAAACAGCCGAGCAAACUCCACUUUCAGCAUUAUUUGUUGGAAAGUUAUUGCACGAGGCUGGAUUACCGGAAGGUGUUCUGAAUAUUGUUUCUGGAUAUGGCCCGACAGCUGGUGCUGCUCUUUGCAGCCACAUGGAUGUAGACAAGCUUGCUUUCACGGGCUCAACUGAAACCGGCAAAGUUGUUCUGGAGUUGGCUGCCAAAAGCAAUCUAAAGCCAGUUACUCUCGAGCUUGGUGGGAAAUCUCCUUUUAUUGUUUGUGAAGAUGCCGAUGUGGAUAAGGCUGUCGAACUAGCGCACUUUGCCCUGUUUUUCAACCAGGGACAAUGUUGCUGUGCAGGCUCCAGGACGUACGUGCAUGAGAAGGUAUAUGAUGAAUUCUUGGAGAAAGCAAAGGCACGCGCCAUUAAACGUGCUGUUGGAGACCCGUUCAAAGCAGGCAUGGAGCAAGGCCCUCAGAUCGAUGAAGAGCAAUUUCAAAAGAUUCUCAAGUAUAUUAAAUAUGGCAAAGAAUCCGGAGCUACCCUUGAAACCGGAGGAGAUAGAUUUGGUACAAAGGGGUAUUACAUUCAGCCAACUGUAUUCUCCAAUGUCAAGGAUGACAUGCCGAUUGCACAGGAUGAAAUAUUUGGACCAGUGCAGAGUAUCUUGAAGUUCAAGGAUCUCGGUGAUGUGGUUCGAAGGGCGAACAGCUCCAGGUAUGGUCUUGCAGCCGGAGUGUUCACUCAAAGCCUAGACACUGCCAACACCUUGAUGAGAGCUCUCAGAGUUGGCACGGUAUGGAUUAAUUGCUUUGAUACUUUUGAUGCUGCAAUUCCAUUCGGUGGAUAUAAAAUGAGCGGGAUUGGAAGGGAAAAGGGCAUAUACAGUCUGACGAAUUACCUGCAAGUCAAGGCAGUCGUUAAUCCUGUGACAAAUCCGGCAUGGUUGUAAGCCUUCUAAGAAUUUCGAAGAACUUGAGUUUUAUAGGAUAGAUGAAAUAAUCCCGCUUGUUUUCCUUCGAUGAAUCUUGACUCUUUGAUAUGCUGGUAUUUAUAAAAUCGAAUAAUGAUGUUUCAUUC